AUGGAAGAUAAGAUAGCAAAGUUAAAAACAGGUUUACAAGAGUUGGCGGUUACUUAUUCUUCUCUCUUUAAUGAGUUAAAAAAAACCCAAGAGAAAAAUGAUCAAUUGGAGAAGAAACAAGAAUUAUUACAAGAGGAAGUCUUUCAAUUGAGGGCAAAUGGUUUAACUAGCGAGGUUCAAAAAGCAGAAAAAAAAUUAAAUAAAAUUGUUACUAAUAUAAAAAAUCGAUUGGAAGAGGAAGAGUUAUUAGAAGAGGUACUUGAGGCUCAAAAAGAAUUCACUCUUACCAACAGUUCUUUCGUGGCCAAACAGUUAGAGAAAUACAAAAAGAAACUAAUAAAAAAUGGAAUCCACGAGGAAGAAGUUAAAAAAAUUUUAGCCCAAACCCUUGAAGAAAACGAGAAAAAAAUAGCCAGUUUGGAGACUAGAUUAGCAGACCUCAAAUUCUCCUUAACCGAAGAGCAAGAGGUCCUCAGAAAAGAGCAGAAAAAAAAUCAAGAACUUCGUCAAGAUAUCUCUGCCUUUCAAGAAAUAAUUUGUUUGGAUGACAAAGAAAAAACUAGGCUUGCUCGACAAAUAGAAAAACUGGUUGAGGAAAACCAAGAAUUUAGAAAGCGGCUAUUUAAACGGGAGAUUCAAAACCAAGAAAAAGAGUUAGAAAAGUUCGUUAAUGCUAUUAAAAAACUACUUGAACCAAUUGCGGUUAAAAUUGACGGUAAAAUUGAAACAAUAAGCAAAAUAAGCAUCAGAGGUGGGACAAUUAAUAAAGAAGGUGCUGAGUAUAAGGAGGGAAAUGAGAUAUAUUUUCAAAGUCCAAUCGCUGAUGGUCAAAUUGAACUUCGCACGCUACUACUUGACCAAACUAAGAAAAUGGUCAUUAAAAAUAAAGAUAGAACAAUUACUUUAGAAGUUAGAGAAACUGCCGAAGGAAAAAAAGAUCAAUUGCUAAGCAUUGCGUAUGAAACUGGUGAUGGAGCAGCCGGUGCUAUGAGGCAAAUGGUAGUAACAAGAAGUGAUGGAAGUAAACGUUGUCUCCAUCCUCAUAGUUUUUCCAAAGAGCAGUAUGAAGAGUUAAAAAACUUAUUUCCAGACAAUCGAACCUGUAAAGUUUCUGGAUGUUAUAAUAACUACUGUCGGUUUGGUGGCAAUGAAGCCGAAGAUACCAGAGUAGAAAAUGGACUUUGUGGUUAUCACCGAGCAAAACAGGAGGGACGUCUGGACGAGCAUACCCAAGAUAACGAAGAAAAUGAGCAAAGUAACCACACUGGGUCCGAUGACAUAAGAGAAACUAUAAACCAGGCACGCAAUACUUACGAAAAUAGUAGCAAUUUAGCCGAGAUAAAUCAAGCCAUAACAGCUUUAGAAGAUGUUAAAACAAAUAAUAAUGAGGUCUUUAAUAAUUGGUUAGGAGAAGAAGUGUUAGAGGGAUUAAAAAACAAAAAAUUAGCCUUGGAACUAAACCAAGGAAAUGAAAAUUCUGGAGCCGGAAAUAAUAACGGAGAAAAUUCUGAUCCCGCUACCCCUACUAAUAAUACCAAUUCUGCUCUCCAAACCGCAAAAAACAACGCUAUUCGAGAAAUUACGAACGCUUUAGUUAAUCAAGAACCAAAAUUGACUACUAAACAUGACUUAUCAGAAAUUAAUCAGGAUUGA